AUGCAGUCUCAGAGGAUCCCGGGGAGAAAGCGAGGCCGACCCCCACUUCACUCAACACCUAUGAAGAUGGCAGUUCAUAACCUUUAUUCUGCUUCAGCUGGUUCUUUACCAGCAGUGAAGAUCCCAAAGAAAAGAGGGCGGAAACCUGGGUACAAGCUCAAGUCUCGGGUUCUCAUGACGCCUUUAGCCCUCUCACCCCCGCGGAGCACGCCGGAGCCGGACCUCAGCUCCAUCCCUCAGGAUGCAGCCACCAUACCCAGCUUGGCAGCGCCACAGGCUCUCACAGUCUGCCUCUACAUCAACAAGCAAGCCAACGCAGGGCCGUACCUGGAGAGGAGGAAGGUACAGCAGCUCCCCGAGCACUUUGGGCCCGAGAGGCCGUCGGCUGUCCUGCAGCAGGCCGUGCAAGCGUGCAUCGACUGUGCCCACCAGCAGAAGCUGGUCUUCUCCCUGGUCAAGCAGGGCUACGGUGGUGAGAUGGUGUCAGGAGGUGGAAUUUUCCUACUACGUGACCAUCCAGGCACCUCUGGGAAUGUAUACACACUGAUUUAUGGCACAGGCCUGAUGACCCAGACCUUCCUGCUGUGGGUUCAGUUUCCAGCACACCUACUCUUUCAAGUCUCCGCCUCCUUUGAUGGGAAGCAGCACCUGCGGAGUCUGCCCGUGGUGAACAGCAUUGGGUACGUCCUCCGCUUUCUUGCCAAGCUGUGCCGAAGCCUCCUGUGUGAUGACCUCUUCAGCCACCAGCCGUUCCCCAGGGGCACCAGCGCCUCCGAGGAAGCCCCUGAGAGCCAGGAAGACAGGAUGGAGUCAGCAAAAACGGUCACCACUGAGGAGUGCCUGGUGAACCCUGCGAGCAUGAACCGCUACAGCGUGGACUCCUCCUCCUCCGCCUUUAGCCACAGGGGCUCCCUGCCCACGUCCUCUUCGUUGUACUGCAAGAGGCAGAACUCUGGAGACGGCCACCUUGGGGGAGGCUCAGCCACCACAGUCGGUGGUCCCCAUACCAGCCCCAUGUCCUCUGGAGGCCCCUCAGCACCUGGGCUGAGGCCCCCUGGCUCCAGCCCCAAGAGAAACGGGACCUCUCUUGAAGGAAACAGAUGUGCCUCAAGCCCUUCUCCGGACAGGCAGGACACCCGGCGUCCAAGGAGCAGGAACCCCUCUACCUGGUCCGUGGAGGAUGUGGUCUGGUUCGUGAAAGAUGCAGACCCGCAGGCUCUGGGGCCCCACGUGGAGCUCUUCCGGAAGCAUGAGAUUGAUGGCAAUGCCCUCCUGUUGCUGAAGAGUGACAUGAUCAUGAAAUACUUGGGCCUAAAGCUGGGACCUGCACUGAAACUCUGCUACCAUAUUGAUAAACUGAAGCAAGCCAAGUUCUGAAGGUGUUUAAAAGACAGAAGCAAAAUCCAGACAACAGAUCUCCAGAUCAUCUUCUGCCUUACCAACAUUUGCCACCAUCACAAAGAUUCUCUCCUGAAAAAGAACAGCCACAAAGACUUGGUCUUUUUAUAAAACUCGUGCAUCUUGACCUUUUAAAAAAUUCAACAUGGCCCUUUUGAAAGGUU